CCCUCCCUUACGAAGCCAUUGGAACAAAGUUUAGAGCAGACACUAAAUUUAUUCAAAUCUUUUUUGAAAAAACGUCUGAGGCAGACAACUUUAUUAAACAGGGCAACCUACAAGUCCAAGACACUAACAUCCCAAUCAUCCCUCCCAGAGGGAAACUCCCACCUCUUGCUCUCAUCCGCCUUGAAAACGUCCCCAUCAGGGGCAGAAAAUACUUGGAAAACCUGAUUACUGAUACUAUGGCUUCGAAGGCAGAAGUUGAGUCUGCCGCAGGUGGGAUUCUAGUGGAUGUUGGUCUUGGGAGGGUUAAGUUGGACUGGGUGUUCUCCCAACUAAACGUUUCGAAGGCUCUUUGGAAUUUAGGCGAUGGCGCAGUAAGCGAAAAGGUAGAAGAGAAAGAUGGUGGUGCAAUAAAUGGUAAAACGCCUCGAAUG